UUUUUCUAAAACAUAUACCUCUUUGUUACACAUGCGCUUUUCUGCCUACCAUAGAGACCACCCUCUGCUCAAGCUCGCCCCCCUACCCCUCCUCCUCCUCCACCAGGGACCAAGGAGGUUCUCAGCACUUGACACGGCAGCUAGCAAUGGAUAGUACCACAAAGACUCAGUGAUCAUUUGCAUCGCCCAGACGCUUGACAGAAACGACAGCUGACAGCCAAUCUCACCGUUCAGUACGUUUACAGAUAGAGAGAGUGAGGGAAAGUGAGACAAAAGAAUCAAAGAGGAAGUGCUCUGUGGAUUAUUCCGAAAAUAAAAAAAAGAUUUUUAACCUGCAACCCAAACAGGCAUUUUUUUUUUAAAAUAAACAUAUUAAGUAACUAAAAACAGGAUCAGCACAAUGGAAGAAGACAUGGAUGAGGGACAGACCCAGAAAGGAUGUCUUGAGUGCUGCCUCAAAUGCCUGGGUGGGAUCCCAUACCCUUCUCUCAUAGCCACCAUCUUGUUGUACGCGGGUGUGGCCCUGUUCUGUGGUUGCGGACAUGAAGCCCUGUCUGGCACCGUCACCAUCCUCCAGAACUACUUUGAGGUGGUGAGGAGCCCAGUGGACACACUGGAUGUCUUCACCAUGAUUGAUAUCAUCAAGUAUGUGAUCUACGGUAUUGCGUCAGCUUUCUUCGUCUAUGGUAUCCUGCUGAUGGUGGAAGGAUUCUUCACCAGUGGAGCCAUUAAAGACCUGUAUGGAGAUUUCAAGAUCACCACGUGUGGACGCUGUGUCAGCGCUUGGUUCAUCAUGCUGACUUACAUCUUCAUGCUGGCUUGGCUUGGAGUGACUGCUUUUACCUCCAUUCCUGUCUUUAUAUAUUUUAAUAUCUGGAAUAUUUGCCAAAAUGCAACAGUGCUUGAAGGAGCCACACUCUGUCUGGACCCACGCCAAUAUGGUAUUGUGCCAAUUGCUGAGGUAAAAACUGUUUGCGCUGGAUCUGAGAAAUUCUACAAGAUGUGCGAAUCUAAUGAGCUGGACAUGACGUUCCACCUGUUCAUCUGUGCUCUCGCUGGCGCAGGAGCUGCUGUUAUUGCUAUGAUCCACUACUUGAUGGUGCUGUCUGCCAACUGGGCCUACGUGAAGGAUGCCUGCCGGAUGCAGAAGUACGAGGACAUCAAAUCAAAGGAGGAGCAGGAGCUUCAUGACAUCCACUCCACUCGCUCCAAGGAGCGUCUCAACGCCUACACAUAAAGAGCAGCGUGAGGCCUGGCCCCUGCCACUCCGGCCUCUCUCCCUCUGUCUCUCCUCUUUCUUUCUAUCUGUCUCUCUCUACCAUCCCCUCCCGAGGGGGGGCGGAUGGCGCCUUGGGCCCUCGCCACUGCUGAUGUUACUGGUGCGUCAUAUGACAGCGUGGUCUGGGGGGGGUGCGUCACAAAGCUCCUCAGUCACAAGCAGCAUUUUAAAUGAAAAAAAGCCCCUUUACCUCUCUCAUGGAUGGUGUUAUGAUUAUCAUUAUGGCGGUUGUAUUACUCUUGAAUACGAGUUGUUUAGUGCUGAUAGUAGUUUUAGUGUAUUUUGUAGAAUUAGAGAUAGCAGUAGUAUUUCAGCUUUUAUUUUUUUUCAAAUAUUUAGUGUAUAAUUCUUUUUUUUUUUUUUUUAUUUUGAUACUAAGAGUCAUUUUGCUCUCAUGCAUAAUUUAUUUUUUGCUGAUUUUCUGAGGGGGUCAACAGGGGCUUCAAAGGGUUUUCAAGCACAUUUCUCAUGUAGUGUGUCUGGAGAUUACUUGUUCAAGAACUAUGUACUGUAUGCGAAUGAGUGGUUAUUUUUGAAAAUAUUGCAAGUCUCACAACUAAGAGGAAUUGUAAACUUAUGCCAUACCAGUAUUUCCAGGGAUUAACUGCACAACAAACUGCACAGACAACACAAUAAUUAUUGCCAAAUCGAUGUAAAAGAAAUAUUUGCUAGAUGUGCCAAGUCUGUUAAAAACAGGAAAUACUGACUUAUAAUAGAGAUGGGAUUGGCCAACUAUAGAUAAAUUGUGGGUUAUUUGAUCAUAAUCUUGCCACUGAAAUGCAUUUUUUAAAUAAAUGGCUCCAUUGACUUUGAAUUACAAGCCACAAAAGCACAUGCUCUCAUGAUCCCAAUAUAAAUUCUUGACAGCGUAACUUUGUAAUGCUAAGAUUCUGUUCAUGCAAAACUCUGCAGUGCUUAUACUGAUAUAUCAAACAUAUUUGAUAUGUUUUGAUGUUUAAAGAUGAUUGCCAUGAGAAUAAGAAAAAACGGCUCCAAUCUGCAUCUGUCAGUUUCAAAUGGAAAGAAAGCCUGGUGAUAAAGUCAUCAGUGUAAUGGCACUUCUUGGUGGAAUCAUGAGAUGUGAUAAAAGUGUGUGUUGAAGUAUUUUUUUUGUUCAUGACAGUAACUGUGUUGCCUACACAUCCUGAUGCCACAUGGCUACAGACGUGGCCUGUCACUUCAUUGCCUAGACAUUGUUUUUCUUCUUAAAUCGGUAUUUUAUCAAAGCUAGUUUUUUGCACUUAUUUGACCAUUUCUGUGCUCUCUCUAGAUGUAAGCGCAUUGGUGUUCAACUCAAAGUUGGAUAACUGUACUGUUAGUAAAGACUGUGACUUUAGAUGUUUCUCGUGGCAUGGACACACAUCAGUAUAGUCUUAUUGACUCAAAAAUGACUUUAUUUCACUUCUUCAUUUUCACACUUUUGCUGGAUCGACCCUUUGUUUAUAUGUGCAGUACUGAACCUCCCACGCUUUCUGCGUUAUGCUACUGAUAUUAGAGACUGUAGUCUUUGAGUAGUGUCUUUUAGUUUGUGAUGAGCUUUAAACCAUGUCUUGAAGCUGAUACUUAACAUUUACUCUGUAAUGAUCAGAAAAAAAGCUUUCAGCUCUCUCCUUGUAUUAGUCUUUUGUACUUUCACUACAGACGCUUAGUAGCAGGCUUUAAAUCAAAUCUGUUUUGUACAUUCAUGUGCCAACAGCUUGAAGUAGCUUAUUUGACCUGUAUGAUCAAAUUUGCUUGCAUAAAUAAAAUUCACUUGUGUACUUGUUAA